AUGAAGAAGAAACCGAUCUUACUGUACAUUUGCCUGUUACAAUGUCUCUUUACCCAGUCAACAAACGAGCCCAUGAAGGUGUUGGGCCAGGAUGGCGACCGCCAAGAAGUGGUCGGGGGAAUGCUUAGCUCGGAACUGGAAGUGGUCGAUAAUGGAUACAGGCAUUUAAACGUGAUUAUUUCUUCGAAAAUCCAACAAGAAGAAAUUUGCGAAGACGAGGAAAAACGACUGAAUUGCAAAAGAACUUUCAAAUUUAUCGAAAAAGUCAAGGAUUUCAUCAAACUCUUGUCAAAAUCGAUUUACGAAGCUUCCAGGGGUCAUUUUUACAUCGAAAGCUGCAAUAUCAUCAUGCCCAAAUCGUGGGACGCGCCACCAGCGAACGAAACAGAAGCGCUGAACUUUGGCGGGACCAUUUCCUACAUUGACUUUGACGCAAUUCCGAUUCGGAUUUACCCCGACAUGGGCGAAUCAGGCUUUUCAGAGUACAAAGCGGGGCCAGUGUCACGUGACUUGAUUUCAGUCAAUGUUUGGAAUAAGAACAGAAGAUCCAUGCAAAAUAAAUUGACGGGAGAAAAACUUGUCCGGCGACCAUAUGCGGUAAAAGCGACCCCUUGUGGAUACCAAGGGUCGUAUCUAAGAAUGUCGCAAGCAUUCAUCGAAGACCCCCAAAGCCUGAACUUCACGGCCUAUGGAAACCCCGAGAAAAUCCUCGCUGGAGAAUGGGCAAAGUUCCGCUGGGGCGUUUUCGACGAAACCCCUCCGCCAAACAAGGGCCACGAGUUUUACCUCGCCUCGAAUUCGAGAAUCGAAGCAAGUCGAUGCUCGUUGAAAGUCGAGGGCGAUUUGAUCUUGAAGGAAGAUACUGAAGAUGGGAGGAUCAAGGGCGAUGAGUGUAUGCGGAUGGAGGCGUUUCAGUCGAGAAAUUUAUGCGAAUUUGUCCCGAAAAAGCAGCAGAAACAAUCUGGACUGGGGAGCUUGCUGUUUUCGAGGCAUUUGGAUGAUGUUACGGAGUACUGUGAUAAUGAUCCCGAGAAGAAAUUAACCUUCCACAACCGCGACGCCAAAACGCGCCACAACGAAGUCUGCGACACAAAAUCCAUCUGGGAAGUAAUCCGCGCGCACGAUGAUUUCAUCAAGGGCGCCAAAGGAAAACCAGUCCGCGACUUUGACUCGACCAACAAAGGUCUUUGGAUGAACACCAAAUUCACCGUCAUGCGACAAAACAACACGAAAACGGUCCUAACCAUCGACACUUCUACCUCCAUGGGCGUCGGGAAAAGAUGGGAAAAUGUGAAAAAAGCGGCGUCGCAAUAUCUCUCCGCGCUGCCGCACGAUGCUCACGUGGGAAUCGUCUUUUUCGCCAGACGAGCGUAUCAGCGAACAAGAGGCCUGAUUCAAAUUGAAAACGGCGAUUCCAGCGAGCUUCUUCGGCGAAGAUUGGAAUCUGUCCCGCUCAAUUUGGGCACUUCAAUCGGCCACGCUCUUCAGGAAGCGAUGAAAAUGCUCAAGACUUCUGGUCCAAUGGAUUCGCGGGAUUCUGGCGGCUCGAUCAUUCUCCUAUCUGAUGGUGCUGAAAGUAAUGCGCCGUUCAUUGAUGAGGAUUUGAUUCAAGAGCUGAUUGAUAACAGAGUUACAGUCAAUACAAUCGCUUUUGGAAAAGACGCCAGCCCAAAGCUUGAAGAAGUCAGUAAGCGGACAAAGGGAUCAUCAUACUUUUCCGACCCAGAAAACCCAAGUUCCAUCCUUCAAGACGCCUUCAUCGCCGAGUUGCAAAAAGAUGGCUCCAACGCCCACCCAAUCGUUUCGGUAAAACGAGCGAUAAACGCUGGCUCGACGGAGGAAUUCGACUUCAAGAUCGAUCAAACAAUCGGAAAGGAUACGAAAAUAACGAUUUCCUACGAAACGAAUGCGGAAAAGGACAACCGGCCUGAGAUCAAGAUCAACACUCCCGGCUAUCCGAGGCCGAUUAUUGCUGAUAUGCAGAACAAAGUCUCUGAAUCAAUCAAUCCUGAAACUGGUGAACCAGCUUAUACAGUCGCCUGGCGAGAAAACCUCGAAGACGGCCUGAUCACUGUCGAUUUGACGGGCAAAGCUGACAAUGGAACCUACACGAUUUACGUCAAAAACGACCACUCGAGCCCCGCUUCUGUCCACAUCAACGUCGUCAGUUACGCCAGAGAGCCGGAUCGUGAGCCAGUGACGCUGACCCCGACGAUUAUUCAGAAAAAGAUCGCUCCGAGCAACACGGACAUUGUCGUCAUCUACGCUGCCUUUGCCCAAGGAGAGUUUCCGAUUCUUUUCGCCGAUCUUUGGGCGGAAGUCACUUUUCCUCUCGAGCGAAACGGGACGAUCAUGACGACCGAGACGGUCAUUUUGACUGAUGAUGGCAAGCACGAUGACGUCAUCGCCAACGACGGGAUUUACACGGGCAUUUUCACGAACAUCUUUGAAACGGGGAGAUACAGUAUCAAAGUGAGAGCGAAUGGGGAUAACGGAAAAGCUGUGGUUUCAAAAGGACACAUGCUGGGAAUCGGAGAACUGGACGACGCGGAAUAUGAAGUCGUGGAAAACGCGGUGCACAAAGAAGUCUGGCAGACGACGCGAAGACGGAAGAGGCGAAAUGUCAGAACGACGAGGGAUAGGCGGCAAUCUGAUGGAGAAGAAGAUUAUGAAUACGACGAUGGAGAAGAGGGGGUAGAGGAAGAACCGCCAAAGCGAGUGGAAAUACCGGUUAUUUCGCUAAAAGAACCGGCAACGAAUCAAGAUCGAGUUGAGCUCAACAAGCAACUGGAAGCCCAAAAACUAGCUCGACUAACUCGAGUCUCCGCGCAAGAUACUGAGCGAGUGACAAAUCUGGACACGAUAGUUAUUGAAGCCUCAGAGACAGAUCUUUGCGACGAGGGCUUCUUUCAUUUCGACGGGUUUUGCUACUUUAUUUCCAGGGAUGUGCAAGAGCAAAAGAACUUCAAAGAAGCGGAAGACGCCUGCGCCGAAAUGGGCGCCGAACUCAUCGACAUCCGAACUCUCCAAGUCGCCCAAUACUUUCUCGUCACCCUGCGAGCUCGCAUCAAAGACUUCUGGGCGAGCGACGUCAACGACAAGAUCGUCAAUCACAUCCCCCUGCUCAUCGACAACAUCUACUCCGUCACGGAAGUCCAGGCAAUCCUCGACGGGCUCCUGGGCCGAGUUGCCAAAGAAUUUUACUUGCGAAAAAAGGAUCAAGAAAAUUCUUUCGCCCGAAUGGCCAGUAUAAGACAGCAUAGAGAUCCAGACUUUGAUAGGGAUAUCAGACGGCUUUACGAAGAUUUGACAAAGAAUAUUCAAGUGCCAAUGACUUAUCUCCAGCGCCGUAUUUUCGAAAAGCAUAAAAAGACGGUCGACGAGUUGUCUCAAGAAGAAAUCGAAGAAAUCAAAAACGAAUGGAAAGGAAAACAGCUUCAAAAGCUGGAUCAUUUCAAAGAGCAACUAAUCGACAGGGAAAAAUUCGAAUUCCGGUCGCCCCGAUUUCUCGCUUCUUUCGAAAGAGCAAAGAGAGAAAUCGACUCGCUUCAAUUUGGACCGUGUCGGUACAAGGACAUUUUUCAUCGUUAUCGAAAAAAUCGAAAGUUCGCGAUUUGCCAUUCCGAAAAACCGGUCAUUUGCCAGCUAAUUUCUCCGAAAAACGCGCACAAUCGAAACUGCCCCGGGAACUGGACCGAUUUUGAAGGACAUUUUGACAGCUCAGACAUUUGCUAUCAUUUCAACGAAACAAAACGAAACUUUUUCGAGGCCGAAAAGUACUGUCAGGAAAAAGGAGGAACAUUGCUCCGAAUAAACUGCGCGAAUAAAGAAGUUUUCGAAAUCAAGGAAGAAAAAAUCGACACUUUUUGGAUCUCAAACAUGGAUACUUCCGGACUCAACGAUCUCCAGUGCUCGAAGAUGUCUGAAGAAAUCAUCAGGAAGGCAGAGAGUACGAUUCCAGAGCCAGAAGAGCCGACAGCGAGUGGGAUGCAGAUGGAUGUCUUUGUGAACAAACCCGUCUUUACAUUUGGAAAAACCGGUGCCAACGCAUUUGCUCGAUCAGAAGUUGUUGAGGAUGAAGAGGGAGCAUCAACAACUACCACUUCAGCAACAACAACAAGCACGACGAUUACAACUUCGACAACAUCAACAGAAAUGCCAUCUUCGACUACGACCUCCGACCCGUUGGAUUCUGAAGAGAACGAUCCAGCGGAGGGAGAAGAAAUCGACGAUGGAGUUUACGAUGACGAUGACGAUAACGAAGAGGACGAUGAUGAUGAUGUUGAGGAAGAUGAGUACAAUUCAAACGACGUGUACGAAGAAAUGAUCAAUCAAAACCCCACCGAAGUCCCCAUCGUCGAUGUCGAAGGUGAAACGUACUGUAUGUGGUUCGAUGGCCAGCUGCGCGAAGUCACCAACGAUUUUCUCUGCAAGAACUUGAAGAAAAACUACAUCUGCCAAAAACCAAAGAACGAUCUUCUCGCUCCAGCGAGGAUUAAAGACCUCGAUGUUCAACACUUUACUUCUGGUUCCGAAAAAGACCCCUUGGGCUCCUUCCACAUCGGCUUCACCGCAACUGGAAAUGACGAUUCCCAAGGAAGAGCUGAUCGUUAUGAAGUCCGAAUGGUCGCGACAGAAAAAGGCAAAGAAGCGCUCCGAGAUGAUUUUGACAAAGGAUACCACUUGCAAUACAGCGAUUUUAGCAAUGAAAUCACUAGUCGGCCAGAUAGUCCGCAAAAGGUCGGGUAUUAUGAGCGGUUGACCAUUCGUUUUGAACAUCUUGCUGGCUGCCCGAGAAAUCAGCUGAUGGAUUUGUUGGUCUUGGUCGAUACGACUCAGGGAAAUCAAACUGCUGGAAUCGAGCUCUAUCUACCAGCCCAUACGCUCAAGAUUUUGACCUAUAUUGGCAAUGUUUAUAAUAUAGGACCGGCUCCUUUCAUAUUGUGA